GAGAGACGGCAGCAGCAGCAGUAGAGAGUGCCGCACCCUUUGUGCUCCUCCUGGGACUCACGGCACGGAUCAUUGCGCACAGGUAACUACCGCCCAAACACCCGGAAAUGACUGAAAAGUGAACACAGGUGGUGAAAGGACACAUCUGCAUCAACCAACGUUGUGGGACGAAUUAAAACUGGAAUGGAGCAUCGCUAGAAAACAGAGGAAAAACAAUCCUGCUUUUAUUACCUGACGCAUAUUUUCAUCUUCAGCUCCGGCAGCGUUGAAAGGAGGUGACCUCAGGUGCGAGCGCGCACUGUUUCUCAACUCCAUACUUGAUAAACGAGUUCAACGAACAAAAAAAAAUUGAGGAGGUGGAUCCAGAGUCCUACACAGCCGCCCAGUAAAGGCCUGGAACUUCUAACUGGAUCCCUCCAGUUCUCACCUAUGCAGCUGAUGGUAUGCCGAUGUCCAAACCACCGGAGAGUGCGAGUCUGAAUGGCACCCUAGUCAUCCCCCUAUACUUCCUAUCUGAAAGGCCACUCCUCGCUCCUCUUCUCUGAUCAGACAUCCACCUGAGAUCUCAACAUGGAUAACUCCACAGAGAAAUGUUACUACAACGAGACUGUCAAGUUUUUCUAUAUGGAGAGUGGCAAGAACAUCAGUGACUUCUGGCGUCCUCGUGACUAUGUGAUUGUCAGUCUGGGAAUGACAGUCUGCUUCAUUGUCAUUUUUUCGAACCUUUUGGUCAUGGCUGCUAUUAUAAAAAACAGACGCUUUCACUAUCCCAUCUACUACCUGUUGGGUAAUCUGGCUUUGGCAGACCUCUUCUCAGGUGUCUCCUACCUCCACUUGAUGUUUCAUACUGGUCCCUGGACCAUUAAACUGUCCAUUAAACAGUGGUUUGUGCGACAGGGGCUGAUCGACACCAGCCUGACAGCCUCUGUCCUCAACCUCCUGGCGGUGGCUGUGGAGCGUCACCAAACAAUCUUCAACAUGCAGCUCCACAGUAAGAUGAGUACCAGGCGUGUUUUCGUCAUCAUGUUGUUCAUCUGGCUGGUGGCAAUAAUCAUGGGCCUGGUCCCCACCAUGGGCUGGCACUGCCUAUGCGACCUGCCUAACUGCUCCACCAUGGCGCCAAUGUACAGCCGCAGCUACCUGGUGUUCUGGGCCCUCCUCAAUCUGCUGACUUUCUCCAUCAUGGUGGCCGUCUACACAAGGAUCUUUAUCUAUGUGAGGCACAAGAGCAAGCAGAUGUCGCAGCACACCACCCAGCAGAGACACAAAGAGACGGUGUUGAGCCUGAUGAAGACUGUCUCCAUGAUUCUGGGCUUUUUUGUGAUCUGCUGGACGCCGGGCCUGGUGGUGCUGCUGCUCGACGGUCUGGGCUGUGAAGAGUGCAAAGUGCUCCGAUACGAGAAGUACAGCCUUGUGCUGGCCGAGUGCAACUCCUUCGUCAACCCCAUCAUUUACUCCUUCAGGGACAAAGACAUGAGGAGGACCUUUAAGGAGAUCCUGUGCUACCCAUUCCGGCGGGGCGGCGACACCGAGGGCACGUCCGGAGUUCACUUUAACACCCUGGAGCAAGAGAACUGUAAGUCUCGUAUGGGUGAGCAGACAGAGAACACCAACGGGACUCUCCUCAGGAACAAAACCUCAGACGACAGCCCGGCAUCUUCACAAAAGUGGAAACUCGAGCAAUCAUAAACUUCCA